AUGGAAUCAGCACAGCUCCAAGCAUAUACAUACAAGACGCUCCCCACGCCGGACAACACCCUCGACGACAUCCCCCUGCGGACGAACUGUCCGCUCGAUGAUGGCCGACCCUCGGACGGAUCGACGCAGCAGCAGCAACCUCUGGGCAGCCUGGACGUCUUCCUGCCCGACGAGGUCAUCCUGGCCAUCCUGCCGCGCCUGGACGUGCUCUCGCUCUCCACCUUCCGCCGCGUCAACCGCCGGGCGAUGGGACUCGUCGACUGCCUGCACGAGUACCGGACGAUGCGCCGGCACUUCCCGGAUGUGCUGCGCGCCAUCCUGAGCAUCCGGGCGACGCACUUCGACACGGCGACGCUGUUCGACACGCUGUGCACGGAGCGGUGCUCCGGUUGCGCCGGCCGGAACUUUGGCAGCCACCUGUACCUCAUCACCUGCGAGCGCGUGUGCCAACCGUGCUUCACCAGCAGACGUCGGUUCUUCCCCAUCUCCGGCGUGGUGGACCGGCACGGCGUCGACCCCGACGUCGUGGACCUGGACCGUCUGCCGCGCGUGCUCAGCGUCCCCGGGACGUACACGGCCAUCUGUUUGCGGGUCAGGAAGAGGGUUGUGCUGUACGAUCUCGAGACGCUGGUCGACAGGGCUGCCAUUCAGAGGAGCGGCGACGGCGAUACGCUGAGGCUGGACAGGUUGGACCUGGAGGAUAAGGAGCCCAGGAGGUACAUGGGCGUCAUCUCUGCGCCGUACUUUACCGAGCGUGGGCGUCGUGCGUAUUGGGGUGCCUACUGCGCUCUAUGCGUGGACGCGGCAUGCGUCGAGCCGUCUUACAAGAUCAAGUAUACUGAGACGGGGUUGGGGAGACACAUGAUGGAGUGGCAUGGGGUUGAUGUCGACGAGGAAAAGGUGGGUCGUAGGGAUCUGGGGCCGUAUCAUUGUCCUCAGACGGCCCUGCCCUAA